CUAGCGGGUUGGUUUAAGAGCAGAACUCACUACCAAAACCCUCUUAGGAGUGAAGAUGGGGAAAAUGAGGUCCUCAAUGGCCUCUCUCAUGCUCACUGUCUUAGUAGCAAUAGUCUCACUUAGCUUGCCAUCAGAAACCAACGCAAACUACCCAUAUGCCUCUCCUCCACCACCUCCUUACCACUACACAUCACCACCACCACCUCCUUACCACCCAGCACCACACUACCCACCACACUUUCCACCCCACCACCCAGUGCACUCUCCUCCUCCACCAGUACCAGUGAAGCCAGUGCAUCCACCACACCACCCACCACACCACCCACAUUAUCCACCACACCUUCCACCCCACCACCCACCACCCAAGAAGCCCUACAAGUACUUCUCUCCUCCACCACCUGUUAAACCACACUAUCCUCCUCAUUAUCCACCACACCACCCAGUGCACCCACCACAUUACCCACCACACCACCCAGUGCAUCCACCACACCACCCAGUGCACCCACCACAUUACCCACCACAUAUCCCACCACAUCACCCACCUACUCCAGUUUACAAGUACAAGUCUCCUCCUCCACCACCAGCACACCCCGUACUCCCACCAUAUAAGUACAAGUCUCCUCCUCCACCUCCUCCUGUUUACAAGUACAAGUCUCCUCCACCACCCCCACCACACCCAGUACUCCCACCAUAUAAGUACAAGUCUCCUCCUCCUCCUCCUCCUGUUUAUAAGUACAAGUCUCCUCCACCACCCUCACCACACCCAAAACCAGUUUACAAAUACAAGUCUCCUCCUCCACCUCCUCCUGUUUACAAGUACAAGUCUCCUCCCCCACCCCCACCACACCCAAAACCAGUUUACAAAUACAAGUCUCCUCCCCCACCCCCACCACACCCAAAACCAGUUUACAAGUACAAGUCUCCUCCUCCACCUCCUCCUUUUACAAGUACAAGUCUCCUCCACCACCCCCACCACACCCAGUACUCCCACCAUAUAAGUACAAGUCUCCUCCUCCACCUCCUCCUGUUUACAAGUACAAGUCUCCUCCACCACCCCCACCACACCCAGUACUCCCACCAUAUUACUACAAGUCUCCUCCCCCACCCCCACCACACCCAAAACCAGUUUACAAGUACAAGUCUCCUCCACCACCCCCACCACACCCAGUACUCCCACCAUAUAAGUACAAGUCUCCUCCUCCUCCACCACCAGUUUACAAGUACAAGUCUCCUCCACCACCCCCACCACACCCACAACCACACCCCUACCCUCACCCUCACCCUCACCCACACCCACACCCACACCCAAAACCAGUUUACAAGUACAAGUCCCCUCCUCCACCACCACCAGUUUACAAAUACAAGUCUCCUCCACCACCCCCACCACACCCACACCCACACCCAUUACCACACCCACACCCACACCCACACCCACACCCAUUACCACACCCACAUCCACACCCACACCCACACCCAGUUCCCCACCCAACACUCCCACCAUACGCAUAUAAGUCUCCUCCUCCACCUCCUCCAGUCUACAAGUACAAGUCCCCACCUCCACCACCACCACACUACAUCUACUCAUCACCCCCUCCUCCUCACUACUAGAAAAUGCCUCCAGAAGUAUGGAACGCAUGAGUAUUUGUCAAAAUAAAGAACGGCUGCAGGCAGAAGAUGUUUAUUAAUUACUAUACAAGAACAGCGCGAGUUCGGAUUUGAUAUGGACGUUUAUUUUAUUAUGUUUAUAGGAGUUCCAACUUUUUAAUAUUGUUGGGUGUAGUGCUUCCAAUGUGUAUUUAUUAUGCCCUAUCAUGUCUUAUGUAUUUUGUAGAUUUCAACCUUAAGCAAACGCGAAGGUUGAUCGCUAUAAUAAAAUAAACACGUUUCUCGAA